CGGGAAAGCGGGAGGCGCGAAGCGUUCUUCCUUUGGUGGCGCUCUGGGCCGCGCAUGCGCUAGGAGCGAAGGAGGCGCGUCGGAACCGUGGUGGUGGCAUGGCUACGCGCCUGCGCGCCGGGACCUGACUCGAGCGAGGGAGGAGCACUGCGGCUGCGCGCGGGGAAGCGCCCGAGCCUGCGCACGAGCGGGGAGCCCAAAGGCGCACGCGCAGGAGGGGGGGAGGAGGAGCGAGCGCCUCGAGCGCAGCCUGAGGCGAGGGCAGUUCGGCGGCGGCGGCCCCGGAUCCCCCCUCCGGCCCCCGCGAGGCAUGAUCGAGAUGGCCACGGACAAGGAGACCUUCUUGGUGCCGGCGCCCCCGCCGCCCCUCAAGGCCCCGGCCAGGGCCGCGGCGGCGGCAGCAGCAGCAGGCGGCGGCGGCGGCGGCGCGGGGGACGUGCCCCUGGGGCAGCAGCUGCGUGCGGGCGCCGGCGGGGGCAGCGGAGGGGACGUGCCCCCGGCCCGCCAGCUGCUGCCCCGCGCCUUCCCGCCGGUGGGGCAGCGCCGAGGGGGCGGCGCGGGGGCCCUGCCCGAGGAGCAGGAGGAGGGGCAGGAGCAGGAGGGCCCCGGGGGGGCCCCGGCGGCGGCUGAGCUCCAGCGGCCCCGCAACGGCUUCCAGCCGCCCGCCCCGCCGCGCGCCCCCAGCGGGGGCAAGAGGCGCAACAGCUGCAACGUGGGGGGCUUCAAGCACCCGGCCUUCAAGCGCCGCCGCCGGAUCAACUCCGAGUGCGACCCGGUCCUGCCCUCCGAGUUCCUGCUGGGCGGCAACAUCUUCGACCCCCUCAACCUCAACAGCCUCAUGGAUGACGAAGUCAACCAGGCCCUCAACGCCGAGACCCCCAAGUCGUCCCCGCUGCCCGCCAAGGGCCGCGACCCGGUGGAGAUCCUCAUCCCCAAGGACAUCACCGACCCCUUGAGCCUCAACAACGCCCAGGAGGACCCGCCGGUGCUGGCCUCCCCCAUCAAAACCGGGCGCAAGCGCCACCGCCACCGAGGGGCGCAGCGCGGGGUGGGCGCCGUGGAGGGGGGUGGCGGCAGCGGCGGCAAGCCCGCCACGGCCUCCUCCUCCUCCUCCUCCUCUUCGUCGUGCAAGUCGUGCCAGAAGACCUGCAACGGGGCCGCCCCGCAGCCCUACGAACUCAACACGGCCAUCAACUGCAGGGACGAGGUGGUGUCCCCUCUGCUGCCCGCAGGCGGGGACGCGCAGCAGAGCCAGCAGCAGGCCUCCAGGUGCAUCACGCCCACCGGCCCUCCAGCAAGCUUCUCCGCCAGUCGCCACCACCACCACCACCGUAAGAGGCGCAGGACUUGUAGCAAAUCGGAAGGGGCCAGGCACCCGGGGGGCGCUGGGCCCAACGCACAGGCGGGCAGGAGCAGCCCAGACAGGGGGCGCAGCGUGCCGCGGUGCCGCCACCCCCCGGCGGCGUCCACGCAACCGCAGCCUCAGCGGCAGGCCCAGCGCAAGUUCCAGUACGGCAACUACUGCAAAUACUACGGCUACCGCAACCCCAACUGCGAGGACUCACGGCUGCGGGUGAUGAAGCCGGAGUGGUUCCAGGGCAAGGAGGUGCUGGACGUGGGCUGCAACGUGGGGCACCUCACCUUGAGCGUAGCCAGGAAGUGGCACCCCACCAGAAUGGUGGGAGUGGACAUUGACGGGUCCCUCAUCCACUCGGCUCGCCAGAACAUCCGCCACUACCUUUCCCAGGAGAUUCAGGAGCAGCCGCCGGACGGCCACGGGGACGGCGAGGGGGCCAGGCGUGCCAAGAAGACUUUUCCCGCCUCUCUCAUGGCCAGCCGGGGGCCGAUCGCCGCCCCGAGGGUGCCCCAGGAAGGGGUCGAUGCCACGGUCUUCCCCAACAAUGUCAUCUUUGUCAAGGGCAACUAUGUGCUGGAACGCGAUGAGCUGCUGGAAGCUCAGAAGCCGGAGUACGACGUCAUCCUCUGCCUCAGCCUCACCAAGUGGGUGCACCUCAACUGGGGCGACGAAGGGCUGAAACGACUCUUCAAGCGCUUCUUCCGCCACCUGCGGCCCGGCGGCAUCCUGGUCCUCGAGCCCCAGGCCUGGUCCUCCUACAAAAAGAGGAAGAACCUGACGGAGACGAUAUGCAGACAUUACCACCAGAUCAAGCUGAAACCCGACCAGUUCCCCUCUUACCUGACUUCAUCUGAAGUUGGCUUCUCCAGCUACGAACUGGUGGCCAUGCCGAGGAACACAUCAAAAGGCUUCCAGCGCCCCAUCUAUCUCUUCCACAAGGCCCAGCGCCCUGGAGCACACUGAGGAACUCUGCCCUGGCUCAUGCGCCAGUGGUCCCAGGCUGCCCCCCACCUCUCCUUCCUUGAUCUGCCAUGGCCGCUUGCUGGGGAGGUGGACUGGCGCGCCCUCCCACCUAGGAACGCGGGGCGCUUUGAGAGGGCGAGCGGAGCCUUCUCGCCCAGGUGGGACAGAGCAAGCUGGGGCUGUUCCCCUGGCCCUGCCUCGAGUACCUUGGAUUAUCCUCGGACGGCGGCGAAGAGCAGCACACCUGGGGAUCGCUCGGAGCCGAGCCUGAGCUACUGCUGGCGGGGUGGCGGGCGAGCCGUGCCCUCCCGGGUGAGGCAGUGCCCCGGAGGUGGGGUGCACGUCCUUCUUUGUCUGAAGGCGGCUCUCCCCCCACCCCUUUCCUUCUGAAUUCUCGGCGGAUACGAAGCAACCCCCAAUCCCAAGCGCUUUGCGCUCUCUGCCUCAAGCGGAGGGGAAAGAGAAGAUCACAACCUGCUUCCGCCAGACCCACGUCAGGGAGGCUGGGAAGGGAUCUGUAACACAGGGCGUCUCGCCCAGCAGGCCAAGACCACGGGCCGACCUCUUUCCUGGCAGACGCGCCCUCCUUGCCAUAGCUGGUACUGCUGCUUCCUUCCGCCUCCCUGUUCCUGUGAAAAAGGGGCAGGGCGCUUUUACCUGCAAACAGGUCAACCCUUGGUCCUCUGGGUUCUCCUCUCUACUGCCUGAAAUGUCGGCUUGGGGCAAGUGGGUUGCAUGUGCAGAUCUAGUUGAGGGGCUGUCAGCUUAAGGCAUUCUGCCUGUUGGGGGGAGGAGGGAAAACUGGGCCAGGCGGCAGCCUGCUCUCAGGACGGCCUGCCUGGGCCCUCCUUUCAUUGUCUGGGUCUCACAUUCGCCCUGGCUCAGCAGAGGAGCCGGCCCGGACAGCAGCCUGUUGGUUUGACUGUACAGGUGUUUGCUCCUGUUCUAGAGACACCCCCCCCCCCCCUUUCUGCCACCUGAACUGCAUAACCAUCUCUUCUUGGAGGAGGAUGUGCCUGUGUGGAACCGGGGCUAGCAGAAACACAGCCUAGCUGGGGACCGUUUCUUCUGACCCAGAACACAAGCAAACGUUGUUUUGGGGGGGGGGGGGGGCCUGAGCUCUGCAUCCUUUGUGAUGGCUGGAGGAGGAGAGGCUGCACCGGGCUCUAGUCCCAACUUCACAUUACCUGCUAGUCUUUGAGGGGUUUGUCUGAUCCACCCGAGGAAAGGGGCAAGUCAAGCUCCCUAACACACACACACACACACACAAAUUCCACUACUUUCUGGUUAUGAUGCCAGGGAUAAGGAAGCCUCUCUUCUGAGCUGUUUGCCUCUUAGAGGGCUCAAAGGAGGACACCUGUCCUGCCCACCUCCGUAGUAGCCAGGGGAUCCUGUUCGAGCUGCAGUUUUAUCUUUAAAAAAAAAAGUUGAUUCUCUCUAUAAAUAAAAGCCUACAGAUUAUUACCAA